AUGACUGAAACGGACGAUUACUCAUACACACCGAGCCUCAUUCCUGCGGUGAUUGGGGUUGGUCUAUAUUUUGCUCUGUUUGCUGGCCAUGGAGUCCGCAUCUUACGAACUCAAGCGUGGGAUGGGAUUUACAUGCUAGCAGGUGCCCUAGUCCAAGCCAUGGGUCUCGGAGCUCGAGUUUAUUCCUCGAAAGACGUCGACGGCAAGGGCGGCUACGGUGCUCAAUAUGUACUGCUUCUACUGGGGCCCACACUUUGCAUGUUGACUGUCAACGUCACCCAAGUCAAAAUGAUGCGCUGUUUGAGUCCUGUGAAUUUGGGUGUGAUCCCUGCCCGAUUCACGUUACCCAUCUACCUCACAGCCAACGCUCUUUUGCUUUUGCUUCAAUUGGCUGGCUCUACUAUCUUGAUGUUGGCCACCAAAGAAGAUCUCGUUGAGACUGCAACGAAAAUCCUCAUCGCGAGUUACGUAUCCCAAAUGGUGUUUUGGUUAUUCACUUUGGCGGAGAGCAUUGUCUGGAGGAUUCGAUUCGGACGAAGCACUUGGAGCAGCUCAUCUAUGAUGAAACAUUGGAAGUACUAUAUGCAACUGUUUGACCUGGCGAUCUCUAUUGUUGCUCUCGGCCGAAAUUUGAUGCGGUUGACCCAGCUGGGGAUGGGGCCUAACGGAUUUCUCACGGCGAAUGAAUGGCCUAGCUACGCUUUCGACUACUACCAAACGGCUAUAGUUCUUUUGGCCUGGGGUGUGUUUUACCUGCCGGGAGUUUGCAAGGAAAUCGAGUUUAAGAAUGUCCAUCGUUCGACGCUGGCAGGUGAAGAGUGGACAAUUGGGAUUUAA